UAUAAAACUAUGUGAAAAUAAAAAGAAUACGUGUUUGUAGAGUUGAAAUAUACUACCCCUGAAAAUAUUUGCAAGACUCACCCUGUAUAGAGUAAUAGAAACAUAGCCGAUGAAUCUCAAAUUUUUAGUAUAAAUGUCAUAAAAUAACUGUAAUCUAAAGACUACACUAUCGUUACUUAAAAUGCUUUAAAAAUAAGUAAAAAAUAAUUUUUAAGUUUUCAUUAAAAUUUGAACCACAUAAUUUGUUUGCGAAAUAAGAAAAUAGAAACAAUAUUUUUUGCUUUUCUUAGUAAAAUUUAUAUACUGUAUACUGUAUAGCAUACGAUGGAAAACUACGUCGUCAGAGUUAGCUUGGAAAUGAAGAUCGCUGUCAUUUUCAUGUGUAAGCCAACUUGACGUCGCUUUUUUUCGAUCAUCUGUAUGAUUUAUGAUGACAAAUACAUACAUUAAACACAUUUUCAGGAUAUCCGACAAAUGAAUUGCCAAAAUCUGACUACAUUCGUCACUUGCGACUCGGAAUGUUUCAACAAUCCAGACACUUUCUACAUGACUUCCUGUAGUCUGGAAGCUUUUCUCAAUUCGACGGAGAAAAAUGUCUUAAAGUUAUGCCCUCAAGAGAACGAAACUUAUCCACUGAUGAAAGGAAACCAAAGUUGCCAUAUACGAUGUAUUGAAAUUAUCGAAUCUCAAGACAACAAAUUGUACCAAUCGGUGGCAUUUUGGAGUUUCCUUGUUUUGAUGUCGAUAGGAACUAUUGGGUUCAAUGUGGUUAAUUCUAUUAGUGAUGCAAUUUGCUUUGAUAUUAUAGGAGAUGAAUAUGACUAUGGCAAACAGCGUGUUUGGGGAACAAUUGGAUUUGGGACAACAGCUUUGAUUGCUGGGUAUGCUGUGGAUAUGUUUUCUGGACAGACCAUAUCAUACAUCCCGGCAAUUAUUAUCAUGCUAAUUUGUUCCACUUUUGAUUUAAUAGCAUGCGUUAAAUUAAAA